UCAUUUUCAAUGUUUUGACGUAAACAAGAAAUACGCCCGUGAAAAUAUUUUGCUGUUCAAUUAUGUAUUAAUUCCAGAUUCCAGAGCUAUAAUUAAAACGAUCAGCUCCCGUGGAUAAUUGCAUAAACUUUCCAUUAGUUCCAAUCCGAUCCUGUAGUCUCUCCUUCUUCAAAAGUACGUGGAAACAUAUCAAAGAGUGACCAAAUGAGAUAUCAAUGCGAUCGUCAGUGAGCUACAUCCUGUCUCACGCGCCCGGAGAGUCGGUGAUGUCGCACCCCGACUACGCGCAGCAGGCGCAGCACCAUGCCUGCCUGCUGGUGCUCGUCAAAGGCGUUGGGGGCAUGCUGAAGAACUUCAACAAACUGUGGGAGAGGAUACAGAGAGUCAACAAUAUUAAAGUUACUGAUUCAAGUGGACAAGUCAGAGACAUCUGGGUGCGCUACGUCCGAGACUACCCAGUGGAGAACAAUGACUGGGGCGACUUUCAGACACACAGGAGACUCCUUGGUCUAAUUACACUAAGCAAGUUCAAUAAUCAAGUGGAACUGAACGAAGUCUGCCGCGUACAUGAAUCACUCAAGGUCAAAUACUCCAGCACCUUGUAUGAUUCACGGGCAUUUAUGUUCGGUCCAGUGAGCAAUAUGAAGAGACCGGAGCAGGAGCCUGAGACUUACAGCUACGAGGAUGACAAGUCAAGAGAAAGCUUUGGUGACAAGGCAUCAAUCCCCAGUGAACAAGCGGACAGCCUGUCCUCAGCCGAGAGCUUCCCACAAUCCGCCUCAUCUAGCGCGUCCAUUCCCCUCCCGGAGGAAAACUUCACCACCCCCUCCAACUUCAAGACCCACGCUAUGUUUUAUGGCGAGAACGAUCCUGUGCCAGACUUAGAACAAAAUGUGGCUGAUCUGAUCAAUGCCCUGUUCUGGGUGGUUGAGUCUAGGAGGUUGGAAAGGUCGAGGGAAAAACUGGAAAAGGUGUCAUUGCUUUUGGCGCCUUUUGAGAAGAAGGACUUUGUUGGGCUGGAUAUGGAAUCGCGAAACAACAAGAAGCGAUGCAUGGGUCGCGUGACAAAGAACCUAGCAGACUUGACCCUGCAAUCCGGUCUCGUGAAUGAAAGCCUGAGUCUCUACCACUCGUCUGCGGAGAUAUUGAAGUCGGUUAAUGACUGGCUGUGGCUUGCUGCUGCUAAAGAAGGCCUCUGUGCAUCGUCCGCCAUUCUACUCUACCCAAACUUAAGAAACCCCACCCCUCUACAAAGAAACGCAAGCUUACAAGAGAGCUCCCCCAACAAGUCGAAAUCCUUAACCCUAUUCCAAUCCCAAACCGACCCUUUCAGAAAAUUCAAAACCACUUCCUCCCCUCUCCGGUCUUCAAAAACCUCUAGCCCAGUCAAUCCUCCCAGUGAACUAACGCCUUCGUCAUCAGACAGUAUUGAAUCAUCUUCGCGACAAUCCGAAACUGACAACGCAGACUCAGAAUCCUUAGCUUCAUCCAGUGACAUCGAAUACCAGAGUCAAAAAUCCUACUUAGGUCCAGACUUACCUUCGAUACCUCGGCAACCUCAGUCUCAAAUAAUCAACCAAUACUUGCUAAACGGGGAUGAUAUUGUAGAGAAAUAUCGGAAAGCUAUUAUCCAUUAUAGCAAGUAUCAGAAUGCGGGUAUUAUCGAGACGGAGGCGUGCUUUAAAGCGGCGAGGAUCGCCGUGGAACAGGGGAAUUGCCUUCACGUGUCGGGUUUCCUUCAGAAUGUGAUAUUUAUCAAUCUCACUUUGAGUGAGCAGGAGAAGAUACAGAGAUUUGACACGCUUGCUGAGCUUUAUAUGGAAAUAGGAUUUCUUCGCAAAGCCGCGUUCUGCCAACGCCUGGCGGCAACAAGGCAUGUCAGCAGCAACAACCCCAACCCGGACUGGCAGCGGUGCUACUACCUCAUGCUGCACAGCUUCCCCGGGCAGAAGCUCAGUCUGGACCCCAACUAUGUCAUACAGCAUCAAGUUGGUUGGCCAGCCCUUCAAAUCCAGUUACUCCAAGAGUUGGUGAUCGCAGCACGCCGUAUGGGGCACCCAGCGCUUGCAACGAGACACAUGACCUUCUUACUACAAACCAUGUGGCCGCAUCUCACCAAGCAGCAACAUAAGGAGUUCGCUAUACAACUUCAGGCCCUAUCAGCACAAUGCGAAGGCGGUCCAGUCCCGCUAGUCCUAGAGACGGGCGAGGUGAUCCCGCCCGCCAACCUCACGCACGUGCCGUCCUGCUCCGCGCUCGCGCCGCGCCCCGCGCCGCCCGCGCGCGCGCCGCACCUCAUCAAGUGCAAGACGCAGAGCGGGCCGUUUAUAUUCACGCCCAUACACUUUGGUAGUUUGGAGAGGAAGGCUAAGAAGGAUGAGGGGAAAAUGGAAUACCUGUGGGUAGAAGACGACAUAUGCGAAGUCCAAAUGAAGCUAACCAACCCGCUGCCGUUCGAAUUAAAAGUAUCCAACAUGCGCCUUCUAACCUCUGGAAUAGUCUUCGAAUCCAUUCCAGAAACUAUUAUCCUACCCCCCGACUCUCCAACCACCGUGAAUCUCCAUGGAACUCCAAAAGAAGUGGGCGAUUUACAAAUUAUGGGGUACUCUACCCAUACACUAGGUGUUAAGUCAAACUGUAGACUCAAAAAUAUGCCUACCCCUAACAAAUUCCCAGCUUCGUAUACUAUAGAAGUCAUCCCAAGCCUACCCACGAUAACUAUAGAGACCACAGUGGCGCCAUCUGGCAAUUUGAACCUGCCCAAUGUGGAGAAUGUUGGGAGUAUUACGAAUAUUUCGCUCCAUAAUGGGGAAGGUACGGAUUGUACUAUGAAGAUAACUAAUACGAGUAACGUGGCUAUUGAGUAUUUGGAUUUAGCGAUUCAGUCAAACAUGGACACCCAGCUCCAAUCAAAAGUGUUCCAAUGGUCCAACGACGACAUCCAAUCGCAACUGCCGAUCCAGCCCAACGAGACCGCCACAAUAACCAUGAAGCUCUACGGGGAAGCGGACUUCCUAGACCUAGGAGGUGUUGGCGGUGAAAACAUGUUCCCGAAUAGUUUGACGUCGAACUAUCCUUCGAGGGUUGGGUCGCCGGUUCCUAAUGCUCAGACUUCGCUGCCUACGCAGAGUUCUAAUGCACAUACGUCGCUCAGCAGCGGAAUGGUGCCUAAUAGGAAUCUUUCAGGCAGCUUCAGGUCCACCAAUUCUCACACAACCAACUGGUCAGCCCCUAUAUCGGUGAUGCCACCUUCUCGCGGCAGACAGAUCGAAACACAGGUAAUAAUAAGGUACUCCGGCGGCCGUGGUAAAGAGAUGCACUGUCGGCAAUCCACGCUACAGAUCAAUCUAGAAUUGUUGCCGAGCGUGUCCAUCACUCACUGGGACGUGCUGCCGGCGGAAAUCCCCAGCCAACUGUACCUAGUGCUCGACGUUUCAAACCUGACGUCAGAAGAGAUGGAGUUCCACUACGCGCCUCAAAAGCACAUCCUCAUAGAGAGCCGCGAGUCGUGCCGGGUGCCCGUGCCUCUACCGAGGUGCCCCUUCAACGUGCAACCCUGCAAGAAGGACGAAGAGGCCAUGGAAUCAAAGUCAAUAAGCACCGGAACGUCCACCAACAGCCUGGAGCUCAUGUGCUCCGAGCACAUCACAAACAACGUAGAACUGCAAUGGCACCUCGUUCACUCCGACAUUCGUGGCCGCGCCUCCGUCAAGGGCAUCACGCUCUCGCAAGCUAUGAUGGAUAUUGUGCGCAUGUCGCCUUUGAAUUGGGAAGUAAGCGUGAACUCCCAAUGCAUCAAGCCACAAGAAGAGUACAGCUGCACAGCCGGCGAGUGCAUCUCGCUCGGCGUGGCCGUAUGGAACCACCUCAGCAGGCCGCUGCACCGCCUCUGUCUGUCCGUCCAGCUGUACCAGGACUAUAACAAUGGCGUGCUGAGCUAUAAGCUCGAUAACAGGGUCGCUACUGCGGGGAAUAACAAAGUGGUUCUCACUACACUGCCAGAAUCUGCUAAAGCUUAUCACGAAUGCACAGUCGUGUUCCUGACGCCCGGCGAAUACAAAAUCGACAUCCAAUGCUCCACGACAGAACCAAUAUUAGAUGACCCCUCUAUGGAAGACCAUCAGUCCCUAAUCCAAACCUGCGCGGAGGUCAGCCAUACCUGGCGAUUCAUACCGCCCGUCGCUAUCAGUGUAACUGAUUAGUUUUAAGCUCAAUUAUUUAUUUUGUUAUGAAUCUAAAAUAUUUAUUGGCACGUUUAUGUCUAUCUGAGGCUCAUUUUUGUAAUGUAAGUUCAGGUUACUUCGUAAUUAGGGCGCUAGAAAAUAUA